UUAUUAUUAUUAUGAAAGCGAACAAAACAUUUGGUCAUUUGCAGCUGAUACAUGGCUGCAAGAACACAUUAAAAAUACAAACAAAUAAUUUUACCAUUUUCCUUUUAAAAUACGGACAUUGUGCAUAAACAAAAGAACAAAUCCUAAUUAUUUACAGAAAAGCCUGAACCAGUGAAACCGCGUCAGUUUAUAUCUGCUGUCAUAUAAACGAUGAAAUGAUAGAUGGGCUGUAUUUAUAAAACAUUUUUCUGGUCCUGUUGAGCUCUAAAACAACCCACGUUCAUCCAUCCAAACACACACACACACACACCUUCAUUUGAAAGGACCACAAACCCGGAAAGCUGCAGCAGAACCUGCGUCCACCGAUGACGUCACCGCUCUGCCUCUGUGGUGGGAAACGGACCCGCCUGAGUUGGGCUUUUAUUUGUAGUGAGUUCUUUGUACCAACACAACAACAUUAAUUAACCGAUGAUGUGGAAGCGGCGCCUGCAGAGACUUUAAAGUUGUGUUUUCCCACAAGGAGGAAAAUGUGUGUUUAUAGUUUCCAUGUCGUGUCUGUGCGGGUCUGCAGGAUUAUGGUAAUAACAGGCUGCCGGGUCCCAUCACCACGCAGCCGGUGGGCGGGCGAGCUGCGGACGCUUAUCAGCGCGUUGCAGUGGCCGAUUCUUCACACGGUCACAUGACAGGACGACACCUUGAUUCACAGCUCAGCGGCUUUAUCACCAAAACCAGAAAGCCGUUUUAAGAGAAGAAAUGAUCCAGUCGGUCGUUUGAAGAGCAGCAGAUGUUAUCAGAAAAAUCCGUAAUGAGCUCAAAAACUACAGCGAGAAAUGUGUUUGAGAAAUUCUGAAAAAAGAAGAGGAUGAAAACCCAAAUCUGCAGAAACAAAACCAAAAGCAGGAUUUCCAGGUAAAAUGCUGCUUUUGUUUGGAAACAAGACGCCACAUUUCAGCAGAGUGCGGAGCUGACGGACCACCAUCAACUCCAUCAGAUAAGAACGCUGCUCUGCGGCUCCAUCAGAGCCGGUGACCUUCAGGGUAGAACCAGAACCUGCUUCUUGGAGACUUCUUCUUUCAGACUGAGACUGCAGCAGAAAACAGAGAGGACGUCUGGUGAUGCAGAAUGGGAUGAAAGUGUAUGUACAGUUGCCAAGGAGACAGCAGGCAGAGGGGUAGUUAGAACCAGUUAACCCACACACCCUGUGUUUUCGUUCACUGCUGCUCAGGAUUGACUUCAGGAGUUCGCAGCCACAGACUCACCACAGCCCGCUGGAGCCUGCACUGAGGAAUUAUCUGCUGUCAGGACCUGCCGGUACGCCGCCGCGCCAGCAGGGACCAGCGCUGGACGAGGGGGGGCCGAGCCAUGCUGUCUGCUGCCAUUCAGAUCCUGGCGUUCGCCCUGGCGCUCCUGGGCGUCCUCGGCACCACUGUGGCCACGUUGCUGCCCAACUGGAAGGUGAGCAUCAACGUGUGGACCAGCAUCAUGACCCCCAUCUCGCAGAUGCAGGGUCUGUGGAUGGACUGUGUCUGGUACACCUCCGGCGUCUUCAGCUGCACCAUGAAGAACUCGGUGCUGUCGUUGCCGGCGUCUCUGCAGAUCAUGCGAGCUGCCAUGGUUCUGUGCUGCAUGGUGGCCACGUUUGGACUCUGUCUCGCUUCCUUGGGACUCAAAUGUACCCGCUGGGGGGGCAGCCACCGAGCAAAGGGGCACACAGCCAUUGCUGCAGGGGGCUGCUUCAUCCUGGCCAGCCUCCUCUGCCUGGUCCCCGCGUCCUGGUUCACCAACGAAGUCAUCACCACCUUCCUGACCACGGACCUACCGGACAACAGUAAAUAUCAGCCCGGUGGAGCUCUGUGUGUGACGUUUAUCUCUGCUGGAUUCCUCCUGGCCGGGGGGGUCAUUUUCUGUUUGUCGUGUCCCGGAAAGCGUUCGAGACGACCGGACUACGCUGCCUCUGCUGACCCUGACAGAUUCGAGCUGCACAGAGAUGAGCGUCGGAGGCGGGAGCUGCAAGUGGAGCGCGAGCAACCAAAAAACAGGAAAAACAAAAGCGUCCAGCUGCAGACGGACGAGGUGAAGCAGGAGAAAGCCACAAAGGCCCUGGAGCUGAGACUCUAUUCGUCUCCUUCCAAACUCCCCCAAAAAGACAUCAAGGACAGUUACAGCCUCCAGGAGUACGUUUAACCCUCCCAGCUGAGCGCUGAAAUGUGGAGUUUUCAGCUGAGGCUUUCUGGCUCAUGUAGAGGGGGAGGUGGGCUGGGGGAGGUGUG